GGGGCAGUAGCGGGCGGAGCCGCGCUGCGUGACGAGGCGGAGGAGAACCGCUGUUGUUGCUGGUCGACAAACAGCUCGCGCCCAGGUGUCUUCAACCUUCACCGCACUUUCGAAGACCUGAGAGAGUCUACCCGAGCAUCCCAACUUCCGAGCGACCGAAGAGCUUCCGCGUCCCCUCGCUAAUUAUCGUCUCUGAUUUGACUUAUUUUAUUACUACUUUUUCUGAAAGUCAAGUUCAGGGAUGGGGAUGGAGACGGCAACAGCCUGUGUCAUUCGCCUGUUCCUGCUGUUUCUGGUUUCUGCUGCCAUCCUCUUCACAAACGUGUUGGGGCAGAGCAGGAGGACGACCGUGGUGGCGGAGGCGCGGAACAUCAGCGCCCCCGCGGGCUCGGAGGUGGUACUGCAGUGCCAGAACCCGCUGAUGGUGCGGUCCAGAGACCAGCGGAAGGACCGGCAGCGCGUGGUGCACUGGGACCUGUUCCACGCCGGGCCCGAGCAUUCCGUGGAGCGCGUCGUCGACAUGUUCUCCACCGGGAGGCAGCGCAUCUACAACGGCUUCAACAAGGGCCGUGUCACCCUGUCCAAAACCGCCUUCGCCAACGGAAACUUCUCCCUCACCAUCCGCGAUGUGGGGACAAAUGACAGGGGCACCUACACCUGUAACCUGCACCACCACUACUGCAACCUGCAGGAGUCCCUGAAGGUGCAGCUCAACGUCACCAAAUCACCUCGUAAGCAGAAGCGGUUCUGGGACGGCGAGCAGACCGUGUUCGUGGUUCUGCUGGGCAGCACCGUGGUCCUGCCGUGCGUGAACCGGCGGGCGGUGUGGAUGGACCCGAGCCGGGAGGACGAGGAGCAGGUGGCGCACUGGGACUGGCAGCCCCCGGGGGUGCGGCGGGGGGGCGCGGACCGGCUGGUGGACCUGUACGCGUCCGGCGAGCACCGCGAGUACGGCCCCCACUUCCUGCACGGCAGGAUGAACGUCUCCGCCGGCGCCUUCGCCCAGGGCGACUUCUCGCUCACCGUCUCGAACCUGCAGCCCUCGGACCGCGGCCUGUACUCCUGCAACCUGCUGCACCACUACUGCGGCCUGCACGAGCGCCGCGUCUACAGGCUCAUCGUGGGCCCCCCCCUUCCCCCGGUGCCCCCCUCGGACCUGCCGCUCAGCAUGCCCAACAACAGCCCGCACACAGAGAUGGAGGUACCGCGCGUCAUCAACGUGAUCAUACCUGAGCAUCGAGAUCACUUCCUGCAUCAGCUGGGCUACAUCCUGGCUACUCUCCUCCUCCUGGUCCUUAUUGCCAUAGCAAUCAUCUUUCUUACCAGGCGACGCAAAACCAAAGGGACAGAGUAUGACCUGCGUAAACCUCAGAGGGGUCACAUGACGGCCAGCGACUUCGAAAUGGGGGCCACAGACCCGACGAUGAGCACCCAGCAGGAUCUGAGGCUCGACUACAAAAACAAUAUUCUGAAGGAGAAGGCGGCCAUGUCCAAGCUGCAGCCCCCGAGCGCCGUCGACCUCAACAGGAGCAGCCGAGCAGAUAUGGACAGAAAGACGUGGAAAUGAGGCCUGCUGUGUCUCUGGCUGGCCCAGGGUAGGUACAGGAGGAGGAAGAGAGAGGUACACAAAAAGAAAGGGAUGAGAAAGGGGGAGGAUGGGAUGAAUACGGGUAGAAGGGAGAGAAAAGAGGACUCUGUUAUUCUUUGGUUUCGCUGUCUUAUUGAGAUUGUAUCUGUUUUUUUGUUUGUUUUUUGUUUUUUUUGUAAAAGGCAGCAGCCUCUGACCCUUUUCAAUGCUGUUUGACUUUUUUUUAACAGGGAUAAACUACAGAACUCAUUUUGUAUAAAACGAAUUUUCACCUAAGGGCUAAAUCUGCCUACUUGUAUAUUUUUUGAUAACGUAUACAUUUAUGUCAAUGUAACAUUGUUUUUAUAGCAUAACAGUAGAAAGGCUCUUAUAGUGUACUUUGGACAAAUAAUUGCCCUUGUGUUUUUAUUAUUAUUAUAAUUGCUGUUGUUAUUAUAUUAUUAUUAUCAUUAUUAUUAUUGUAGUUACCUAUUGCAACACAAUAGUCCUUUCUUUCUGUGUAUUCGUUUGGAGGUUUUUUUUAUGUAAUUAUUGACAUUUUAUCUUGUCUGGACCAAGAUUUACUGGAAGAAGUAAAAUUCCUGACUUAGUAAGAGUAGCCAGAGAGAAUGAAUUACACUCGUGAAACUGUCCUUCCUAAUAUUAUUGGCAAAGAGCACAGUCAUUCUUUUUGUCUUUUUUUUUUUUUUUUCUUUUUUAUAUAAAUUUCUGUUAAACUGCUGAAUCUUUUUCCGAUUUUUUGUUUUUUUAUUAUUAUUUUGUUAUUAUUUAAGACGGGACAGCUUGUGCCAUUGUGCAUCCCUUUGAGUAUGAGGUAAAACAGCAGAGCAUGGUGUUCACGGCCGUUCCAUAAAGGAUACUGCGUUCCUUCACUCCUGUGCUUAAACCCGUCCAAACUCUCCCAGAGGUGGAAGAUCCAGGUCCAGGAAGUAAAAGUCCUCCUCAGUGUUUUGUUCCAGUCACCUGGACUUGCUGAUUAGCACAAUUCUUCUGUCAGGAGGACGAACUCAUUAGUGAAAUCGGCUGGCUGAGUUCAUGGGUGGAAGAAACAUGUGGCGGGACUUUUACUCUCUGACCCUCGAACUUUGCACCUCCUGGGCAGUGGUCUUUGCCUUAAGAACAUUGGCCCCAUCAUGUGUAAUCAAAGAGAACACAUUAACUGUGCAGUCCUGUCUGAUGGGCCUCUUCAGGCAAGGCUCUAAAACAAACGCCCCCUCAAUGCUGGAGGAGGACAUUGCAACUGCCAGGAAAACUUUUCAUGAGGAAACAUUUGAAAUUACUCCCUGCACGAAUGUAAAGUGCCUUGACUGAGAGAAACAUGUUGUUUUUUUUCUCUGUCUCUCCCUCUACUGAUGUACCCUGUUGUAGUGAUGUAGGCGAGUGGAAGUCUGUCUCUUGCCACAAUAGUUCCUCUUGUGUACGUUCAGCCUGCAAAGCCAAGGUGAAGCCCUGUUUCCCUAGGCUUUUGUGAUUGGUCAUCUCUGAUUGUGUUGACCAAUGAGAGGCUUGGUGGCAGUGACUGUUUCCCUUGCUGGGGAAAGGCAUCCUGUUUAAUGGUUGCUUGGACACUAACCGUAGUUCACCUACAUCCAAUGUCAAAAGGUAACACAAUCAGCAGGGGGCUAUAAGAUUUUUUUUAAGACUACAGAAGUUGAUGAAAUUGUAUUUUAAAAUAAUAAAUAUUCUCAUAAAACA